AUGUCGUUCAUCUCUUCUGUUAGCCACCCUGUGGCAUUUCGCAGCUUUACAUCCGGUGCAGGUUCGAUAUCACGAUACUAUAGCAAAUCUCGACGAGCACUGGCACCGUUCGCUAGUCAGCGGAGCCGACCGUUCUCACGAAGUCGCUUUGUACAUGCAGCCGCGAAUACCUCUGGUGGUCCGUCGUCUAAACAGGCUGGCAAAGAUGCCGGCUCCGACACCCCUUCCAUCAAGGAGAAACUACCGGAUCCCGAGCGGACGCCCUUCCGCUUUCGCGAGUUUGACCUAGAAGGCAAAGUGUUUGUGGUUACGGGCGGGGCGCGGGGACUGGGGUUGGUCUUGUCGGAAGCCCUGAUCGAAGCCGGAGGACAAGGUCAGUAUAUGCUUACCCAUUCAUUUAUGCCGACACUCGCCAUUGACAUUGGUUGGGGGUGGCCUCCUGUAGUAUACUGUCUCGACCGACUACCACAGCCCGACAAGGAAUUCUUUACGGUCCAGGAGCGCCUGGGGCCCAGAUACGGGGGCUCGCUGAAGUACGACAAGGUGGACGUGCGCGAGGCGGGUAACCUGGACCGGGUGAUCGAGGAGAUUGCCACGCACCACGGGCGGCUGGACGGGCUGAUCGCGGCGGCGGGGGUGCAGAACGUGACGCCGGCGCUGGACUACACGCCGGAGCAGAUCGAGGAGAUGAUGAACAUCAACUACAAGGGCGUCUUCUGCUCGGCCGUCAGCUGUGCGCGCCAGAUGAUCAAGCACGACUGCAGCGGGUCGAUCUUGCUCGUGGCGUCCAUGAGCGGCAUGGUCGCCAACAAGGGCUUCACCUCGUCCGUGUACAACUCGUCCAAGGCCGCCGUGUGCCAGCUGGCCCGGUCACUGGCGAUGGAGUGGGGGAAGAUUGUCAACGGGAAGCCCAUCCGCGUCAAUGCUCUGUGUCCCGGCAACAUCAUGACUCCGAUGGUGCGGAAGAACUUCGAGGACGAUCCCAAGUUGAAGGCGCUGUGGGAGAAGGAGAACAUGCUGGGACGCAUAUCGACCCCCGCCGAAUACAGGGGAGCUGCAUUGUUUUGUCUGAGCGACGCGAGUUCAUUCAUGACCGGUUCAAAUCUCGUUAUUGAUGGAGGGUACACCGCAUGGUAA